GAUCCUUGAACUAGGCGUGGCCCGAACCAACAAAAAUAUCCCAGAUGACCAGAUGUGCGUCGGAAGAGAAACAGCAUGGGCAGGGACCGACGAUCGGAAUUUCACGGGAAAGUUUUCCCCUUGCUUAGCUGCGCCUAGCAGUGAGCCCAAAUUAAAAAGCAUGAAGAGCUGAUAUAAUGCAGAAGGCGCCUAAAGUCUACACAGAAGGCAAAUAUGAAAAAACUGAGAUAUCCCGACGAUUGUAUCGGAGUGCCUCAGAGGCGGUGCGCAAGCUGGAGGAGCAGCUGCGCAAUGCUACAUCCGCCAGGGCCCGCAUGGCUCCAGAGGUGACACUGCUCAGGACAAGGGUGAAGGAAUACUGCGAGCGGCUGCUGUUUGCUGCUCCCUUGGAGUAUGGCCGUCAGGCGGAAGAACUCACCUGGCGCAAGGUCUACUAUGAGGCCGUGCAGCAGUUCAAGGCCCCCAAGAGGGGGGUGCAGGGCAAUGGAGAGGGAGAGAGGGUGAAGGAUGAUGAGGAAGAGGAGGCCGUCCUCAGCCUGCGAGCCCACCUGACGUCCGGGCUGGGCCACUACCACCACCUGCUGAUCAGGCUGCAGGCAGAGUACCGGCUUGACUUGGAAAGCUCGGUGGACGUGCCCCUCCGCUGGUCACACCGGGGGCUGCCCAGGGGGCGCCUGUCGCAGCGUCGUCAGCAGCCGCCACACCACGGCCACGACGCAUCGGGGCAGCACGAGGAGUCCCUGGUGUUGUGGGCCCGCCAGGCAUGCCACCGCCUGCUCCUCUGUCUCGGAGACCUGGCGCGGUACCUGAGCGAGCUGGGAGCCCCGGGCAGCGGAGAGAGGGAGCGGUGGGCCUUGCUCUCCCAGCGCUACUACUGGCAGGCACUGGGACUGGACCCGGAGGCUGGCAUGCCCCACAACCAGCUGGGCACGCUGGCAGGUUGUGCCCACGUGGGUUGCAACGCCGCCUAUCACUACCUGCGCUGCCUGCAGAGUGGGCAGCCGUUCGAUGGGGCCCAGGGAAAUCUGCUGCGUCUGCUGGACAAGAACAGUCGUCUGCUCCUCGAAGCACCUCACGGCGGGAAUAACCACCUGUUCCACUUUUCCACCCACUUCCUGAAGCUGUGCGAGCAUCUGUACACUUCCACCGACACCAAUGGCAUCCAGGCGCUGUGCGAAGAGACCUUGGCCCAGCUGUCUGCCCUGCUGGCAGAGCCGGAAAUGCCCACGGCCGACCUGGUCUUCCGAGCCGCCGUCAUGGCCAUGCUGUGCACUGAGAAACUGCGUAAAUCAGGACCCCACCCACUGAGCAGUGCGGCGGCCGCCUUCACUCUGUCACUGUUCUCGCACGUGCUGGCGGCUUGCAGUCGGCGCCUGGCCCCUCCCGCCACCGACGGACACGAGGACCCUGUGGCCCCCUUGUCCCUCCGGGGCCCCGACGCCGCCCAACCAGACGGUGUCGCCGACCCAAACAGCGGCCCCGACUCGGGGGAAGGCAGCGGCUGCGGCAGUCCCUUGUGUCUCGUGCCCCCUCCGGGAGAAAAACUUAAACCGGAAACGGAACAGCAGUCGGUGCAGCAGUCCAGGCCUACGAAAGAGAGCCGCCACCGGAUGACGUGCAGUCCGAGUACGAGCACCGACGAAGGCAGCACCCACGAAUCCUCCGACCAUUCGAGUCCCACCGAUCCCUGGAGCAGCCAUCCAGACUCCGAAGAAGGCGAAAGUCCUCUGGGCACUGCCACCAAUGACAGCGGUGGCGACCCGGUGCGUGGCUCUGGCCGGGAGCUCCUGUUGCAGCUGGGUGGCGAGGGACUGCUUCCCUGCAUCAAGGUGCUGUGCGACUGGCUGCGAGGUCACGCCGAGUUCAUGGGGCCCUGCGCUCAGGCUGCGGGUCCGCUGUGGCUCCACCUGGCAACACUGCUGAAUGUGCUGCAGAGAUUUGAAGAGCUGGUGCUUGCCACCACCGACGGCCGGCAGGCCAUGGACCGGUGCUCGGACAUGGGGGCCCCCCGCGGCCCCGUGGGACUACCCGGCGACAACUGGGGUCAGGGACCCCCCCUGGCCGAAGACAUCUGCCUCAGGGGCACUGUCGCACUGGCCAGGGCACACGCUGCGGUGGACUGGGCACUGCAGCCACCCUCCAGCCAAGCACUUCAGGCCUGGCUGCGGCUGGAGUGCAUUCUGCAGUUUGGCCAGUGGGCAGCCAACAAGCCAGGGUCCGGACUCCGCUACUGCCCGGAGGAGCGCCGCUUCCGGCCCACAGCAGUGUCCGCCAACGGCACAGUCUCGCCAGGCCCCAUCCUCGGAGGCCGGAGCGAGAGCCCCGAGGAGAGCGAGCGCAAGCGAGUGAUGCGCAGCAUGGCCCACCUGUGGCUGGAGCAAGAGGUGCGGGACCUGGAGGGCCAGGUGGGGGCCCUGGCGCCCCCGUUCCUGGUGCCCCACACCAGGGUGCUCUGCUCCCAGCUGGCACACGUCAGGCGGCUGGUGGCCACCAGGCGCUUCGUGCUCGUCGUGCCCUCCCACGUGAUCUCGAGUCUGGACUUGCUCAAGCGGGAAAGCGUGGGUGCCCGCGAAUCCAUCCGCUGGCUGGAGGGAGAGCUCCGCAGAGGGAGCAGAUAUGUGCGCUCGCAGAAGAGCCACGAGCGCCUUUCCCUGUCCCCGAUGAAGUACCCUAAGCGCAAGGACAAAGAAGCCUGGGAGCUGUUCCAGAUCCUGGAGUGCUGCCACCACCUGGAGAAGCAGUGUCCCAGGGGAGGGGGCCAGCACCCGCCGGGCAGGGUCAUGGUGACCCUGCUGACCCACGGAGAGCACGGUCUGCCCCACAAUGCGGCCGCUCUGGCACGUUCAGCCGGCAUCAGUAUGGAGGACAUCGAGGCGUUUGUCUCCAAGUGGCAGACAACUCCACCGCCAGCCAGAACACAGCCAGGCUGAGGGCCCGGGCACAAGAGAGAUGCCUCACCACAAGUUGCCGGAACUCCUCCUGUCGACAAGAAGCUAGUCUUGGAAGGGCAUUGGGCUGAAGGCAUGCGGCAACGAAGCGGGCCACUGCGGCCCCUGUCUCCUUGGCACGGUGCCUGGGUCGAGCACGGGCUACGUUUACACGAAUGUGAUAGCAGCAGGUCGAAUUAGGCGAAAGGAAGUUAUAGAGGAUGGUCGUCACGCAUGAUUGGGUGGAAUCCAGUGCCGUUGCUUUCGCGUGAACGCCGCCGAAAAUCCAUCCGCUGCAGAAGAUCGGCCGAUCCAAAAGGGAGACAUCUCGGCAGACGAGCUGUAUCGUCGGUAGUUCCGCGUCCUCAGUUGGCACAUUAGACUUGAUUUGGCAUGGUUGUGAGGAAGACGUGCAAGCAGCGAUGCAGGUGUGGGUGUCUGAGUGUGUGUCCUGUUGUCUGUGCAAAAUGUCAUCUUUCAUUCCUUUUUUUUUUUUUUUACUUUUUUCUAUUUGUUUUUUUAUUUGUGAGCUAGUCCUUCAGAGCACAAUGGAAGCUUUGGUAUGGCACCUUGCACCAAAAAUCUAUGCAUAGGGCUUGUCUGUUGGAUUAAUGUAGGGCAGUGUUUCUUUUUUUUUUUUUUUUUUUUUAGAAUGCACAUAGUCAACGAACUGGGCCCACACAUUUCCAGCGAGUUAAGCUGGCUUUUGUUUGGUGAUUGCUUAUGUGCCAUUAAUAAAUUGUGAUUGUUUUAAAAUAAAGGAAAUAUUUUUUAGGGUAUUCCUCCCAAUGCAUACUUGCUCU